UCCAAUUAGUUAAAAUCUCAUUCUAUUUGGUUCAAAUCUCAUUCUAUAUUAAGACAUAUAUAUACAUUUUUUUCUUAAUGAAUUUAACCCUUUGCACUCCGCUGUCCCCUCUCAGGGGACAUCGUAAUUCUAGCAUAUCACUCGGAUGUCCCCUCUCAGGGGACAUUCAAGUUUGUUAGUGAUUACGGCGUAUUGAGUUAUUUCCGCGCAACUUUUUGAGACAUACAUCUUUCCCUGAAGUUUUCUCUUGAAAUGGCCCAAGCAAUCGAAUCAGAAUAUCGUAAAAUUACUAACCGAUAUAUACAAGAAAUGUCGGCGGGUUUUGUGUUAGUCAAGAACAUGAGACGCGCGCUCACGACGGUCCGAGCACUUUUCGAAACCACUUGAGAAGAGCGAUAAGGGGAGCAGGUAGAAGAAAGGUCGGUAUGCGAAGAUAGCAUGCACUGUAUAGUGUGAUUUAUAUUUAUAAAUAAACAAGUCUAAAUCUGGAGGAAAAGAUUUUCAAAGCCGAGCUCAGUCUGGUUUGAAGCUUUGAGCAGUAGACAAAGAGUAACGAGUGUGAAAAUCGAAAAAGUGAUUCUUUCUUAGUGAAAAAUUGUUUGGUGAAAGCUAUUUUGAACAAUGGCAAAGCGUCCAACCACGAGUGAGUCUCUAGAGACCAAUAGUAGUGAAGAUGACCUCCAGAUAGACUUAUAUACCGAAAUAUUAGAAAGACUAACGGUAGAAGAAAAUGAAAGCAGUGGUAGUGAUAUCCUUCCACGAAGAAGGCGACGAAGAGUUCGUAUAAAUAGCGACAGCGAUGAAAGUGAGGCAGAAAAAAACACACGGCAACAGGACAACGUAUCGUCAGGUGAAGAGUGGGAGGAUAUUACUGAAUCGGGCGUUCCCCCAGCCACAAUAAAUUUUGAUCUACAUGAAGAAACAGCCGGACCACAGAUACCAACUAACACAAAAGAGCCCAUAGACUACUUUAGACUAUAUAUUACUGGAGAAUUAGUAGACAGCUUUAUAAAAGAAACGAACAAUCAUGCCAAAGAAGAAAUUGCAAAGAAACAGCUUUCACGAAAAUCAACUUGGCACAAGUGGUACGAUAUCACCAAAGAAGAAUUUUUAGCCUUCAUUGCCGUCAUCCUGAAUAUGGGAUUGAUGCAGCUCCCCAACAUCCAAGAAUACUGGUCAACUGCUGACAAUAGUAGAAUCCCUUUUUUUCCGGAAACAUUUACCAGGUCGAGAUUUAAGCAGAUAUUUUUGAUGUUACAUUUGAAGAAACCAACGCAAGGAAGUGCAACGAUAAGAACGCGUAUUCAAAAAGUCAGCAACUAUUUAGAAUAUAUAGAUGGAAAAUUCAGACAAUAUUUCAUACCGUAUAAAGCAGUCGCUUUGGAUGAAUCAAUUGUAAAAUUCAAAGGCAGAAUAGCAUUCAUCACCUAUAAUCCGAACAAGCCAACAAAGUGGGGUAUACGCAUAUAUGCGCUGGCGGACUCAAAAACAGGAUAUUUGUUCACAAUACUUCCAUAUUACGGCAGCAUAACUUCAGAUGAUAUAUCCCGAUCGGAUCUUCCAGUAAGCACAAGGAUUCCAAUACAUUUAUUCCAGAAAUUAUUAGAGAGAGUUCCUGCUGCAAAAGGGUACCACAUGUUCACCGACAGGUACUAUACCAGCAUCCUUUUAGCGGAAGAACUGCGAAAGAUGAAUUGUCAUCUUACUGGCACUAUAAAAAUCAAUAGAAAAGGCGUACCGCCACAAACAAAAAAACCCAAAUUUUCAAUAAAUAUAACAGUCGCAUACAGGAAAAAUAAUACCACGCUUCUUGCGUGGAAAGAUAAAAGAAUCAUUACCAUGCUCACGAAUUAUUAUAGCACUCAAGUACAAUCUACCCACAGAACAUUACGCGGUGGUAAUGUCGUAAUAGUGAAAAAGCCGGAUAUGGUUUUAGAAUAUACGGCAAAUAUGGGUGGUGUGGAUCGUGCGGAUCAAUACGCUUCGACGUAUUGUUUCCUCCGUAAAUCGUUGAAAUGGUGGAGGAAACUAUUUUUUUUGGGGUUGGAAAUGUGUGUCAUAAAUUCAUACAUCUUAUAUUGCAUCUCAAAAGAAACAACUAAUGAAACGCCAAUGACACACUACAAAUUUGUCAAAACACUAAUUGACCAAUUGAAAGGCGAUUUUCAUAUGUCAAGAACGCGCCCAUCCACAUCUUCUGCGGACAACAGAUUAGAUAAUAAAUUACAUCUUCCAGAUGUGGGACGAAGAAAACGAGACUGUAUAGUAUGUUCUAACAGGAAAACACCUGGUGGCAGGCGACAAACAAAUUAUUGUUGUCAAACAUGCACCAACCAGCCCGCAAUGCAUAUUGGGGAGUUUUUUAAGAUGUAUUAUACUCUGCAAAAUUAUAAACAAUAAAAUAUUGAUUUUUUUUAAAAUAAACAUUUCUCGAUCUCAGCCAAUUGAUAUCAGUCCAAUAUCAUUAUAAUACGUUAAUUAGUUCUAAUAUUAUAAUAAGUUAUACGAGGGUUUGUAAAUGUUUGUUUCUCCUGUAAAGUGGCGCUGAGUAGCUGAUAGCCAACGUCCAAAAUCGGGCGGAGUGCAAAGGGUUAAUAAUUUAUUAUACAACUGUGAUUUCAUAUUAAACCUAUCACGUGUGGUUAAAUAACACGUGUUCUAUAAUUUGUACAAAACAUGUGGUUUAUGUGGUUUAAACGCAUAAAAUAAAUAUUAUUUUUUUAUAAAUAU